AGCCAAUCAGCGGCACCGCGGUUCCGGCUUAUAAAGUCUCCGCACCCCGAGCCCAGCUGCGACUCACAGUGUCCCCAGACCGCGAACAUGCAGGUCGUGAUGCCCCGAACCCUCGUCCUGCUGCUGUCGGGGGCCCUGGCCGUGACCGAGACCUGGGCGGGCUCCCACUCCCUGAGGUAUUUCUACACCGGUGUGUCCCGGCCCGGCCGCGGGGAGCCCCGCUUCAUCAUCGUCGGCUACGUGGACGACACGCAGUUCGCGCGGUUCGACAGCGACUCUGUCAGUCUGAGGUACGAGCCGCGGGCGCCGUGGAUCGAGCGGGAGGGGCCGGAGUACUGGGACCAGGAGACGCGGAGAGCCAAGGACAGCGCACAGACUUUCCGAGUGGGCCUGAACACCCUGCGCGGCUACUACAACCAGAGCGAGGCCGGCUCUCACACCAUCCAGUGGAUGUACGGCUGUGACGUGGGCCCCGACGGGAAGCUCCUCCGCGGGUACAGUCAGGACGCCUACGACGGCAGGGAUUACAUCGCCCUGAACGAGGACCUGCGCUCCUGGACCGCGGCGGACACGGCGGCGCAGAUCAGCCGCCGCAAGUGGGAGGCGGCCGGUGUGGCGGAGCAGUACAGGAACUACCUGGAGGGCACCUGCGUGGAGUGGCUCGGCAGGUACCUGGAGCACGGGAAGGAGACGCUGCAGCGCGCAGAACCCCCCAAAACAGAUGUGACGCACCACCCCAUCUCUGACCAAAGAGUCACCCUGAGGUGUUGGGCCCUGGGCUUCUACCCUGCGGAGAUCACUCUGACCUGGCAGCGGGAUGGGGAGGACCUGACCCAGGACACAGAGCUUGUGGAGACCAGGCCUGCAGGAGAUGGGACCUUCCAGAAGUGGGCAGCAGUGGUGGUGCCUUCUGGACGGGAGCAGAGAUACACGUGCCAUGUGCAGCAUGAAGGGCUGUCCGAGCCCCUCACCUUGAGAUGGCAACCGCCGCCUCAGCCCACCAUCCCCAUCACCUGGAUCAUUGCUGGUGUGGUUCUCCUUGCGGUCACUGUGGCCCUGAUUGGAGCUGGGAUCUGGAAGAUGAAGCGCUCAGGAGGGAAAGGACCAGGCUACUCUCAUGCUGCAGGUGAUGACAGUGCCCAGGGCUCUGAUGUGUCUCUCACGGCUCCUCAAGUGUGAGACCAGCUGCCUUGCGGGGACUGAGUGAUGCAAGAUGUGUUCACACCCCCACUUGGUGACAUCAACAACCCCUGACUUCUCUUUCCGCAAAAAGUGUCAGAUGUGUCUGUGUUCCUAUGAGCAUAAUGUGAGGACAUGAGAUUUGCCCACCUACCCACCACGACCCCUCCCUAUGCUGAUUUGCAUUCUCUUCUCUGAUGUGCUUUCCUGUUCCAGCAGAGGCGGGGCUGGACCAUCUCCAUCCCUGUCUUUAUUUCACGUUGGGCUGAGUACUAAUGACAUUUCCCUACGAAAAUUAGAAUCCAGAUAUAUGUUUUCUUUCCUAAUUCUUGGCAUGUGGGGCUGAUGAGGUAAUAAAAGAGGAAAUUUGUAAAGUUGAGACAGCAAAUAAAUGAAGCCCUGAGAACCUUCCAGAA